AAAACCAAAUCACCUAAUUCCCUAAUUCUCUAGCUCUACUCGACUGCUCUCUGCCUCUUGCCCUCUCUACGACCUCCGACCAAAGACGAGUCAAAAGCGGCCGCCGAGGCGGCGACCAGCGACAGGCGACGCCGCUCCUCCGUUCUCUCGGUCUCGACUGCGAAGUGCGAACUCCAACGGCGACCUUCGCGCUGCCACUCCUGCCAGCUCCGGUCUCUCUCCCUCCGCUUCUCCGAACCCUAAAUCCUAAAUUCACUACGCUGCUGCUGCGACUCUCUGAGAGACCGAGACUGCCAGCGAACUGUCCGAGGAUCACGGGCUUCGGCGAGUGAGCACCGUCGACCAAGGAUCUAAUGGAUGAAAUUAUAGGAGUAUUAAUUAUUCUCUAUUUUACAUGGGCGCAAACAAGGCCUCAAUCUUGAAUCGUCUUCUCAACGUUAAGAUCGUUACCACUAAUCGCAUUGAACCACCGCGACAGGCUGAAGUUAAAGCGUUAACCACCACAAUCACCAAACACCUCCGCUCUGGCAGUCUUGGAAAGGCCGUCUCCGUCCUCUUUGCUGCCCCAUUCCCCUUUCCGACCGCUCUCUACGCUCAUCUCUUCAGAACUUGUGCCUCAAACAAAGCCGCUGUCGAGGUCCGGAAAGUGGAGUCCCACUUGGUCACCUUUUCCCCAAACCCGCCACUGUUUUUGCUCAAUAGAGCUAUUGAAGCUUACGGAAAAUGCACCUGCUUGAGGGAUGCCCAAGACUUGUUUGAUGAAUUGCCUCAACGAGACGGCGGGUCUUGGAAUGCGAUGAUUACUGCUUAUUCGCAAAAUGGGUAUGCCGAGAGCGUGUUGGGAAUGUUUCUGUGCAUGCGUAAGUCAGGGGUUUCUGCUAAUGAGAUCACAUUUGCAAGUGUUCUUGUGUCCUGUGCUUCUCUCUUGAAUGUUUGGAUUUUGAGACAAGUGCAUGCUCUCAUUGUGAAGUUUGGCUUCUCUGGAAAUGCAAUUCUGGAAACUUCACUCGUGGAUGUGUAUGGGAAAUGCAAGGAGAUGGAUGAUGCUAGGAGGAUGUUUGAUGAAAUUGAGAAUCCAAAUAAUGUUUCAUGGAAUGUAAUCAUCAGAAGGUAUCUUGACAUGGGUGUUGGAAAGGAUGUUGUGUCUCUGUUUUCAGAGUUGGUGAGGGCAAAUGUGGUGCCUCUGACAUUUACUGUAUCAAAUGCCCUUGUUGCCUGCUUGGCCAUUGGUGGGCUCACAGAAGGGCUUCAAAUUCACGGAUUUUCUAUUAAGAUUAAUGCUGAGAUGGAUAAGGUGGUUUCAAAUUCUCUUAUUGAUUUGUAUAGAAAAUUUGGAGAUUUGGUAAGUGCUCGAAGGAUUUUUGACUUAAUCUGUUCAAAAGAUUUGAUUCAUUGGACUUCGAUGUUGUCAGGGUAUGCAAUGAAUGGGAAAACAAGGGAGGCAAGGGACCUCUUCAACGAGAUGCCGGAAAAGACUGUGAUUUCAUGGAAUGCAAUGCUUGCAGGCUAUGUGCAUAAUAGUGAAUGGGAUGAAGCUUUACAGCUUAUCUUUCUGAUGUGCAAACAGACUAGGGACAUUGAUCAUGUUACUCUUGGAUUGGUCCUCAAUGUGUCUUCUGCCCUUUCAGAUAUUGGAUUGGCGAAACAGGUUCAUGGAUUCAUGUAUAGACAUGAACUCCACUCCAAUUUGUUUGUUGCCAAUGCGCUUCUUGAUAUGUAUGGAAAAUGUGGGUACUUGAGAUGGACAAGAGUAUGGUUUCGUGAAAUGAGUCGAUGGCGGGAUGCAAUUUCUUGGAAUGCUUUAUUAACUAGCUAUAAGUCCCAUAGGAUGGGCGAAACAGCAAUAGUGAAUUUCUCAGACAUGCUAGGAGGGACAAUACCAAGUAAGUAUACUUUUGGAACCCUCUUGGCUGCUUGUGCAAAUACUUCUGCUCUGAAACUAGGCAAACAAAUCCACGGAUACAUUAUUAGAAAUGAUUAUGAGAUGGAUAUUGUGAUUAAUGGAGCAUUGGUUAACAUGUACUCCAAAUGUGGUUGUGUUGGCUAUGCUCUCGAUAUUUUUGCCGCAACACCUCAAAAGGAUUUGGUUCUCUGGAACUCUUUGAUGCUGGGAUGUUAUCAUAAUAGGAGGAGUGACUAUGUGUUUGAAUUAUUCGAAUUAAUGAAGGAGAAGGGAAUUAGACCAGACAGUACUACGUUCCAAGCUAUAUUUCGUGUGUGCAUUCGUGAGGGUCAUGUACAGUUAGGUAGACAGUAUUUUGAUUUGAUGAGUGAUAAAUAUUGGAUUACCCCUAGGUUGGAGCAUUAUGAAUCCAUGAUUGAACUGUUUGGUCGGCAUGGAUACUUUGAUGAGCUUGAAGAUUUCAUUAAGAAGUUGCCGAUUUCUCCCACCAUACAGAUGUUAGAGAGAGUUGUUCACUUCUGUAGAGAGCAAAGGAAACUCAAGUUGGGAAGUUGGGCUAUUAAUCAACUUAAGCAGCUCUCACUUUAAAAAUUAUACUAUUUUGUUAGUCUCCCACAGGUUGGACUUGUCAUAUAGGCUGACCAACUUAUUUUUAAAAAUUCCAUUAUAGACUUUUAGACUUUAGCACUAACUAUAUGUGUACAUUAUAUAAUAGGUGUAAUAGAUUAUUAUACGUACCUUCGGUUAACAUUUUAAAGAGUAAAUACCCAAAAUGGUCCCUCGACUAUAGCAUAAUUCACAAAUUGGUCUCGACUUAUGAUUUUAACCAAUAACAUCCAUGACUUUCCAAUUUUUACCCAAUGUAGUCCUCCGUUAAUGAGCCCGUCAACUCGCCGUGAAACACAAGGGCAGUCACGUAAUUUCACAUAUACUCUAAGCAAUCUCGCCGUGAGCACGAAAA